AUGACUAAGCUGUUUAUUUUCCAUAUAACACCUGUUAUGCAUAUCAUGAGUGAAGGUGCUUUUGAAAGUUUAAAUCUUCAUCUUCCCUUCAAUGGUCAACUACUCAACUAUAUAUUGGCUGGCAAUUGCCUCGCGCACAUUCUGAGCAGCAUUGCAAAAGAAGUACUACUGGAGAAUGCCCAUGAUAUAGUUAAGAAAAUCCGGGACAGCAUCAAGUACGUGACAACUUCAGUGCCCCAUGAGGAAAAGUUUCUUGUGCUUAAGAAACAGCUUCAAGUCCCAAGUGAAAUAAGGAACAUAUUUCUUGAUGACCAAACUCAGUGGAAUACCACAUAUCAAAUGUUAGUGGCCGCUUCUGAGUUGAAGCAAGUUUUUUCUUGCUUGGAUACGUAUGAUUCCGAAUUCAACAAACAAGCCCCCUCAAUGGAAGAUUGGAAGCAAGUUGAGACUCUCUGUGCACAUUUGAAGCCAAUUUUUGAUACAGCAUACAUCCUAGCUACUACAACUAAUCCAACUGCAAAUAUCUUCUUCCAUGAAGUGUCGAGGAUUCAGGGAGAUAUGUCUGGUGGUAUCACCAAUGAGGAUCCCUUUGUUAGUAACCUUGCUCGAACAAUGCUAGAAAAAAUGAAUAGGUACUGGAAGAAUUGUAGCCUGACUUUAGCUACAGCAGUGGUCAUGGAUCCGAGGUACAAGAUGAGGUAUAUUGAGUUCAGUUUCACCAGAAUUUAUAGCGAAGAAGAAGCUCCAACAUGCAUGUAUCAAUUCAGAUGGUUGAUGAUCGAAUCCACGAGCUCUAUCGAUCAGGAAUACUUUACAAUGCCUUCGCCUCUGGCACCAAACUAUGCAGAAGAAUUUGAUGCGUACAUCAUGAAGAAUUUGAUGACAUAG